UAAGCCUUGCAUACGAAAAAUAAUUAACCCAGGGAUCUACAUUUGGAUCUAGCAAUGUGACCGUUUGUUGUGCAGGUGGUUUAUGAGUUGGCUUAUUCAGGCCCACUAGGCCGGCCGAGAACUUACAGAGAGCGUUGAGUUGGUCUCUUCCUGUCUCAUUCGAUGCAAUAGACAUGGAACUCUCUGCUCUUGGCUCUUGCUCUCCUACAGCAUUGUAAGGUCACGAGGGGAGGAAAGAACCAUUUAUUCAGCAUAGAACAUCCAGAAACUUUCAAACAAGGAUGACUUGGUUUCUUCUUGUCUUAUUUGAUAGCUCAGAAGUCAGAACCGUGGAACAGAAGGAAGCAAAACUAUGUGAAACAUAUAUAAUAUCCACGCAGAACCUGUUCGCUGCGGUCAUCCCAAGAAAUAUGACAUUGUAAGGUCAUGAAGAAGAACGGCUUAUUCAGUGCAGGAUGUUGGGGAUCCAUGAAUUAGCUCUUUUAUGACACUGAGGAGCUAGCGAACACUAUAGUACACUACAUAAUCAGAACUUUCUCAAGAAUACUAUAUAAGCCGGAUGCUGGGGGCAGACCAAAAUUGCAUGACACUAGAAACAAAGCAAAAGAGAGUAAUAAAAGUCGUUUUCCAGUUGGGAUGCGGCCGAUGCCAUCUUCCCUUUUAAGGAGUUCAGCUAUGGUGGGCUUCCAGACAGAUUGUGCAAUUCUGAUAACGUUUUGAUAAGCAUGGAAGGAGUGAAUGAAAAAAAACUAGAUGAAGUUUUUGGAGUCGAGGACCGGGGAGAACCUGGGGAUAUUGAUUCCCUUAGUCCUGAGUAUGGUUUUCCUAUAGAUGAUUUGAUGGAAGGAUUAAUUUCCUGUGAAGAUCCGCAACAAGAUCAUCAGCUCCAAUCAUGUUCAGAUGAUGAGCUUCUUGACGAUCUAAUGUUCAAAGCCAUUCCUCCCUUAAUUGCAGCAUGCCUGGAAGAGGAGAUCGCAAAGCUUAGUGAGAUCCCUCCUGGAAUUCAAGAUACUGGUGAACACAACAAUGAAGAGAACCAUCCACAUGCUACAGCAUCGGUGGCUGAGCUGCUUAAGAGUUUCGGUAGCGAUUUCAAACUACUAAAUGGAGACAAAAUUGAGCCAACAAGUGAAUCAACAUGCAUGAAGAAGCCAACCACUAGACUGUCAACUGAAGAAAUCAUGAGGGUUGCUGAAAAAAGGUUCAUUCAAUCUUAUUCCCAGACAGUUGAUAUUAUGCCCGUACUUGGCAAUCCUUUCGAUCUGUCUUUAUCUGGACUUUCGAGUGGGGAAAUAGAAGGUAUAGAACUUGCUGAUAUGCUUUUAGCUUCUGCAGAGAAAGUCAGCAAUCGAGAAUAUGAGCGUGCCAGCAAACUGCUCAGCCAAUGCAAUCGUUUGUCUUCCAGCACUGGAAAUCCCGUUCAAAGGGUGGUUCAUUAUUUUUCUGAAUCUCUUCGUGAGAAGAUUGAUCGAGAAUCAAAGGGCACAGGCAAAAAGCUUAUGUUUGACAUUCCUAAGGUGUUUAUGACUCCUAUUUUUGCAAAUCUAGCUUACUACAAAAACGUUCCCUUCGGUCAAGUUGGACAAGUUGCUGCAAUCCAAGCCAUUGUAGAAAACGUGACUACGGCAAAGAGGGUUCACAUAAUUGAUCUUCGCAUAAAAUGCGGAAUGCCAUGGACACUUUUGAUGCAAGCCCUUGCAUCUCGAGACGAAUGCCCGCUGGAGAGUCUCAGUUUAACUGUUGUCGGGACUUGUUCUAGUCAAAUGGAAGAAGUAGGUAAAUGGUUAAUGAGUUUUGCUGAAACCAUAAACUUAACAUUCUCUUAUAUGAUGGUUAGAAUGUCAGAUACGUUUGAGAUAAAAGAAGAUCAGUUUGAGGUUGAUGCGGAAGAAACAGUUGCUGUCUUCUCUGAGUUUUUUAUGUGGGCUAUGAUUCCACAGCCUGAUCGCCUGGAUUCUUUAAUGAAAGUGAUCAGAAAAUUCAGUCCAUGUGUAAUGGUGAUCAUUGAAGCGGAAGCAAAUCUGAAUUCACCUGAUUAUGUGAGCCGUUUUAUUGAGACUCUUUUCUUUUACAGUGCAUAUUUUGAUGCCCUUGAUGUCUGCAUGGAAAAAGAUGAUCAAAGCAGGUUGUUUAUAGAAUCACUAUUAAGCCAAGGAAUCAAUAGUGUUGUGGCGGCUAAGGGAGAGGAAUGGAAAGCUCGAUGUGUAAAGAUUGAAGUUUGCAGGGCUUUUUUAUCCCAUUUUGGGAUGGAGGAGGAAGAGCUUAGUAUGUCUUCCUUGUACCAAUCAUAUCUGGUGAACAAGAAGUUUGCUUCUGGGGAUUCCUGUACACUUGAUAUGAAUGGAAAUGCCCUCAUUAUCGGGUGGAAGGGAACACCAAUUCAUGCCCUUUCAGUUUGGAAGUUCCUAUGAUGAACGUGCAGAAAUGUAGCGUACCACCUCAGGGUUCAAAUUGAAGCUCAGCAUCUGGCAGAUGCCAACAAUGUCCGAGUCUUAUGUUACAAAACUACUAUCAGCGAUGUUCUUAGACUUUAGUAUAUUGCAGAAGUUGCUGGUAAUGAGUGGCUUUAAUUUUUUUUUAGAUUGUGAGGAACUGUGUUAAGCUAGUUUUCACUUCCGACUCCUUCAAAAAGGUUAAUGAACUGGAUGAUGAUUGUCGAUGAUUUUACGAUGUCUUUGUUUUAAGGAUGCUGUCUUGAGCUUCUCAAUAUAACUGAAGAAGGAAUUGCUUUGUUAAAUUUUGCUUAUAGUUGCUC